AUGAAUCCCGUCAACUCAGAGAACUCGUCGGGCCCUCGUAGGUCUGAGUCGAUUUCCAGCCUGCCAGCACCACUGCAAGAUCUCGUGGACGAGGCAGAGAAGGAGAGAGAGCUGUACGAAGACACCUGGAGUCGAAUUCCUGGCCCACAGGCUUCAACCCAAGCCAACCAGCCAAAGAAGCCCAGCAAAGAGCAAGGCGCUAAGAGAUCGUUCCUCAAAAAGCCCCGUCUGCCAACGUCACUGCAACGUCUUGUCGACAAGGCCGAAGUCGAGAGGGAGGUCUAUGAAGACUCGUGGUCGUCUCGAAUUCCACGGGCCCUGGGCUGGGGAAAAUAUAGCAAGAAGCAAGCCGCAAAGAAACCGGAGACCAAGGCUUGA